UUUCGAGAACGUAGUGAGAACAAGUUUGGUGUGAUAGGUGCUUGACUUGAACGUCUUGAUCUGCAAAGCCUAAAGUGUUGAAGUUGAACGGGAAUGAGGAAUGGCGAGAACGCUCUGGGUUUUUAUAACUCCGAGUCAGGACGGCAUUGUACACGCUCUAGGAGCGCGUUCGAACGCACUCAGAACGAGAUGAGGAAGAGUUAAACUGCCUCUGAACAGGGUGGUCGGGUUAAAAACUAGUUAGAACAAGUGGCAAACUAGUUAGAAUGGGUUUGGACGUAUGGGAACGAGGUAGAACUAGUUAAUAAUGGGUUUAAACUGACUACAGACUGGCAGACUACAGACGAACUAUGAUCAUAUUAUAGACAUUUUUUACACAUUCUGCCCUGACCACAACCCGUUUUACGAUUUUCUAGGAUGGUUCCAGAACGUAGUAAGAACUUGUUUGGUGUGAUGGGGGCUUUAGUUUCUGACUAAGCUAAUCAAUCAUCAAUGAAUGAAUAACGGCAACAGCAACAAAAGUUGUGAUAUUGAUCAUUCCAAAUUCAAUUACCGGUACUCUUCUAGGAUAUUCCUAACUUUUAGAUCUACCAUGCAUCACUGAUACUGUGAUAGGAGUAUUAGUAGAUUUAUACUGUCUUUGUGCACAAUUUUUUUUAGACACUCUCUAUUGAUUCUCAAAAUUCUCACUCUACAAAACUUACCAGCAAGAAAAUUCAACAAUUCAGCAAUUCAUCUCGCACAGGCCCAUGGUGACUCAAACAAUUCACCUUUCAUCACCAUGGCAACAAUUGGUUCAUUUGUCACCAAUGUACUCAUCGUUCUCUUUCUGGGAUACCUGUGCAAUACGGUUUACACCAUGUAUAACCUCUUCAACCCACCUCAGUGCGAUGUCAACGAGGGUGUCAACAAAUGUCUUAUACGACAUGAACAAGGGAACAAAGGAAAUAUGCCUUAUCAGCUAAGAUUGUUUUCAUCGCAGAGCAAGUCAAGAUUUCCUCAAGUACACCAACUCACAGAAAUUUUACAUGUUCCAAAAUUCAACAUAUCAGGGGAGCAAUCAUGGACAGUGAAUGUCUCUCUCCCAGCAAGGACGUGCAAGAAUGGCACACUGUACAUACAUGUGUACCUCCAAGCUUCAAGCACAGCUAGGUUAGAUCAGAGCAUGGCCUCGUAUCAGACCUCAUCCCUUACCAAAUACUCUCCUCCUAAGGUGGAAGCAUUCAAUCUACUGGGAGACAACAAACCUCAGGAUGAUUCUGAGCAAGUUGCCAUCAUACCCAUAUCACACUGGAAACCUAAACUACACCUCAGGGUUCUGGAGGAGCCGUUUGUCUUCCAUAGGAUGGAGGUUCCAGCGGAUAUCUACAAACACAUCAGAUUGACACCUAAAGGGGAUUACCUGCCUAUCCUGUACUUACAUGAGAUGGCUCAAAAGCUGAGAGAUCUUCAGCCUAUUAAUACCACCAGUAAGGAGAUGCCACUGACCAUAGAGUACAGUCCAUUGUCAAUCGGUCAACUAAGAUUGUUCAGCAGUCUUGAAGAAGGCAUGAGUACCAUGUAUCAGUUAGGUUUCAAGGAGAAGGAUACAGAGGAGGUUAUGUCAAUAUUCACUGACAUAAAUAUAGUACUACUCAGUGCAACAAUAUUUGUGUCCUUCUUUCAUCUCCUCUUUGAUUUCUUAGCCUUCAAAAAUGACAUUGCAUACUGGAAAGCAAGAAAUAGUAUGGUUGGCCUUUCUAUUAGAACAGUCACGUGGCGGUGUGUGAGUCAGAUCAUCGUCUUUUUCUAUCUACUGGACCAGAAUACCAGUCUCUUAAUAACAGUGCCUUGUGGGAUAGGAGCUCUUAUUGAGGUGUGGAAAGUGAAGAAAGCAUUCAAGGUCAGCAUAUCCUUUGAAGGCUGGAGACCAACCUUAACGUUUGGUUCAGCUACAGAUUCAGAGAAAGCAACAGCCGAGUUUGAUACCACAGCUAUGAAGUACCUCUCGUAUCUGCUCUAUCCUCUGUGUGCAUUAGGAGCUAUCUACUCUCUUGUAUACGUCCCUCAUAAAAGCUGGUGGUCAUGGCUUAUUAACAGCCUGGUGAAUGGAGUCUAUGCAUUUGGUUUCCUGUUUAUGUUGCCUCAGCUCUUUGUCAAUUAUAAGUUGAAGUCAGUAGCACAUCUACCCUGGAGAGCUUUCAUGUAUAAGGCCUUCAACACAUUUAUUGAUGACGUGUUUGCAUUCAUCAUCACCAUGCCGACAGCCCAUAGAGUUGCAUGUUUCCGUGACGAUAUUGUAUUUGUUAUUUACCUCUACCAAAGAUGGUUGUACCCUGUUGACAAGACUCGAGCCAAUGAGUAUGGAGUUUCAUAUGAAGAGGAGAAGGAUAAGAAGGAACAUAAAGAAUGAUGGGAGAAACACAGCUUACCGGUACAUCAUUAGGUUUGCAAACAUUUAAGUAUCCAAACCGUGCCAAGUAUAAGUAGCAGAGUCUCUCCAUCAAAGUCGUCAUCAGUCUAAAUUUAUGCACAUUCCAUAGAAAUAUAUGUGACAAUGACAAUUAUUGAUAAUGACAAGGACAACAAUUUUUAUUUCUUAAUUGGGUCAGAGAAAAAUACAGUUGACAGCAAACAAACUUAUUUUAUAAUAAUAAACAUAGACAUGAAAGUGUCAAAAAUUAUAUUUUUCGAGAAACUAGUGAAAGCAAGAGUUACAACUGACAAAAAGAAUUAUCUCUACUAUUUACAUGAUUUUACAAUGGAGCAUUAAACCAAUUUUGGUUUUAUGCAUUGACAAAAUAAAGAGAAAAUAAUUAUCAAAGCUUAGACAUGAUGAUGUUACAGAAGUUUGAAAGGUUCUUGUUGCCAUGUCAGUCAGGCAUAAGACAGCUAUGCAAAAAAAACUACUUUUUAUAUACACAACAUUGACAUACUGGACAGGGUUUACUUUGAGGGCAUUUGUCAGUAAAUCUAUUCAGACUUAUUCUGUUAGGAUGGCGAUGUAUGUCUUAGAGCAAUAAAACUGGCUUAUUUCCUUGCCUUAUACUGUAAAACCAAAAAGUUCUGUGGGCAUUUAUUUGUUUGCCAAUUUCACAAGUAGUUCAGAUUCACAAAGUUUCAUGCCGCUUUAGUUUUUAGAUUUAUAUCAUGUUCAUGUGCCUUUCUUCAUAUGUCCAUUUUGUAAAGUGUAGGACACCUCUUGUAUCAAAAUCAUAUUGAAUUAUUUAUCUUGUGCAUGCAUAAUAGAGCAUAUCUAUAAAAUAGUUCUCACCCUACCAAUAUUGUUAUUAUUGAGUAUUGUUGUUAUUGAAGGUGUGGAUUUAAACUUUGACACAAAAAUCUCAAUUAUUAAAGUUUUUUUUUCUCAGAUAUUCACAGUGUAUAUGACAAAGUAUGAUUUAUAUAUAGUUACAUAUACAUGGAAUGUAUUGCUCAGUUUCAGUCAAAUGUGAUAUAGUUUCCACUUGUGUGUGAUCAUCACUUGCCUAUACUAUAGCAGCCACUGCUUUCUAACUCCAAUAGAACUUGUAAAUUGAAUUGGACAUCUAGGCUGAAUUUGUAAGCAAACAAUGACCACAUUAUUAUCUCCAAACAACAGCAAAACUUGUGAAAAGGACCAUAUUAAUGUGGAUGUAUUUCCAUUUCUGAAUUGACUUUAUAUGAAGGGGACUGUAUAGUGAAAGUGUGGUUUAUAAGUUCUCUGAGCCGAUAUUUGUGGAAUGUGAUUUUAAUACAGAGGAAGAAUUAAUUGGAAGUUUUUAGUUUACUAAUGUCACAAACUUGGUGCCUUUAGUUGUUUCCUUAAUGUAGCUUUUAUGUAGGUAGCGGUAGUCCUAAUUUUUCCUUGCCUUGUGUGAACACUGGUAUUGUUUAAAACAAUUAAUGUUUGAAAUGGGAAUAGAUUAUUUUGCUUUUUUAUGCGUUUAGAGAGGAAAGAAUGGCAAUUCUUUAUUGUCCAUUAGUUGCCCAUUUUUCCUGUCAUUUCAAGUGCCAAUUUUACCAACAUUCCUUGAGUAAACACUCAUCAUUAGAAUGAUUCCGUACCAAGUGCCUUGUAUUUUAUUGAUCACUACAUGAUAUUUGUUUCAUCUUUACAUUAUACUGUAAUAAAUAGAAAGUGUGAAUGCUGUAGAAGAUAAGCUGUACACGAGAACGGAAGGAGACUUUCCUUCUGCUAUCUGUCUACAAAUACACCCUAUAGUAUGCUUACAAACUUCAGCACUUCAGUGUUGUUUACUGGUUGACAUUUUAAGAAGAUUCAUGUUGCCUUAUUUAAAAAAAAAAAAACACACAUGAAUUUCAAAUUUUCAUUUCUCAUGGUGUUGUGAAUUAUUGUGCAUUAUUUGGCUGUAAGAUUCCAUAUCGUCGAGGCAAUACAUUUCAUUCCAUCCUAUCUGUAAGUACAUGGAUGCUCCAUUAAUAUUUCAUAUUUAUGGUGUUUGCUAUCUUGAGUAUUACUCCUUCUUCAUGAUGAAAUGUAAUUUUGAAUGAAAUUCUAUGAAAGAAAGAAAAUAUAUUAAAAGAUCUGCAUGACAUGGUUCACAUUAA